GGUUUCCUUUCCAGAUCAAUCUCCCGUGUUGCUACACAUUCCAGUGGGGAAUUUUUCAAUGCCAUGAUAGGCAGCACCGUGCGCUGAUUACAUGAGCGCUGUCGUUUGCCACGCAUGAGGGCGUCGCCGCAACAGACACCACAGCCGCUCAAGGUUCGCGCCCGCUGGUGGUUAGAUGGUUGCGUCCGUGGCUGUUGGGUCGACGUCGUUGUGUGGAGUAGGUGGCCGUGCCAGAAGGUGCUGUCGUCGUUCGGGUCAUGGCCUCAAGGUGCAUGCAGUGCUGUGCGCUAGAGCAACAUCGACUACGGUCGUUGCUUGGAUUUGAGUGCGGGGCACGGCUGCGCUGCAGGGAGAUGGGUCGAGGGCCGCUCGAAGGAGCGACGUGUGGUGGCUGUGGCCUCCGCGCCCAAAGGACUGAUGCUUCCGCGCGCUUCUUCGACGAGGUUGUUGCCGCUGCAGAGAUGGCGAGAAAGCAAGAGGCAGUGGCCUGGCCGCUAGUUUCAGUUCAAGAAAUUAGAAAAAGACAUGAAAAAGUAGUUAAUCUCCAGAUCACGGGAAGAAUAAAAAUUAAACGGAAUUACUGUUUGGAGAUUGAUUUCCCGAUGCGCGUUCUUGCGGUGCCUGUGCGCUGACGCCGUUUUAGGCGUUUCAUGCCUGGCGUUUGCUGCCGCCGACAACGAGUAGAAGGGUGCCACUGCUGGUGACACGCUGUCGGCGGCGAGCUUGCCGCCUGCCCGUGCAGGCUACAUGCCAUGUGUCUAGCCGGGGCGGCAUGAGUUCUUCGGCGGUGAUUAGUUGCGAUGCAUGCAUCCACAGUCAUUCUUUCGCUGUGGCCUAUUCCUCUAAUUGCGAGCAGAGUGCGUGAUAACGUGUUAGAGUGAAACGAGAUUUAAUGAAAGUGAAUGGACGAUUAGUCCUGUUUCUAUUGA